AUGGAGCAGCCUGCACAGAGGCAGGUGACUGUGACUGUCAGUUAUUUCAGGCUCAAGGAAGCAGGUGCCAAAUUGUACCCAACACCGGUAAAGAUCAAGAUGGGAUUUGCAAAUCAUGGGGACAGUAUCAUUUUGAAACAUUCGAUGGCAUCUACUAUUACUUCCCAGGAAAUUGCUCCUAUAUUUUUGCGAAAGACUGCAAUUCUCCAGAACCCCAGUACACUGUUUGGAUUAAUGUUGCCUCAGACAGUUGGAAAUGCUUUCUUUGAGAGACUGGCCGACUAUAUUCUGGUGAAGACUACCUUUGGUUUUUCUCUUGCUUGGGAUGGAAACUCUGGUAUUUAUAUUAAGCUGACAGAAGAACAUAAGGGAAAACUUUGUGGCCUCUGUGGAAAUUUUAAUGGCGAUAAAUCUGAUGACCUGAUACUGCAAAAUAUAGGUGAAUAUACAGAAGACAUUGCUGAAUUUGCAAAUAGCUGGGCUGUGCAAACCUCAGAUGACAUAGCUUGUGUACCUACUGCCUCAGAUUUUUCCAGUCCUUGCUCAGCUGAUGCAGAAUCCACUGAGGACAUAUUCUUCAAGUGCCAAAUAUUCCUACAGUUUCCUUUCCUCAGCUGUCAUGAAAGCAUAGAUCCAUAUUCUUACAUUUCUAGCUGUAUAAAUGAUCUUUGCAGAGUGGAUGAUGAUGAAACAUACUGCAGGGCAGUGACAGAGUACGCUAGAGCAUGCUCUCACGCUGGAUCCCCGGUGCGGGACUGGAGGGAUGACUUUCCUGCCUGUACUGAAAAAUGUGAAGACAGCUUUGUACACCGUGACUGUAUCAGUUGUUGUCCACCAACCUGCACAUUUGAAAAAGAUUGUCUUGGCAGUAACCUACACUGCUUAGAUGGUUGUUAUUGUCCAGAUGGUCUCAUUAUGGAAAAUGGAACUUGUAUCUCUGUGUCAAAUUGCCCUUGUGUUUAUCAUGGAACUGCUUUCCCUGUAGGCUCAAAAAUUGAACAAGAAUGUAGUAACUGCAUUUGUACUGGUGGCAUUUGGAACUGCACUGACCAUGAUUGCCCAGCUGAGUGCUCCAUCACAAGUAGCUCUCAUUUCACAACAUUCGAUGGCCGUCAUUUUACUUUUCUGGGGAUUUGCCAGUACAUUUUGGUAAAAGGCACUGGGAAAAACAAAUUCACUAUCACUUUACAGAAAGCACCUUGUGGACAGAACUUUGACCAUGCCUGCAUUGAGUCUAUAACACUAGUUCUUGAAGAUGAUGUGAACAAACAAGUAACUCUCACAAGAUAUGGUCAAGUACAAACUGGUCCUAACCAGGGUUUUAACCUUAAUGGGGCUAUUGAAAUUCAGAAUGUAUCUUCUUUGUUCGUUCUACUGAAAACUAGUUUUGGGUUGAAGAUACUCUUUGCAAAAGAUGGAGAGAGAAUCUAUGUUCAACUUAAUGUUGGCUGGAAGAGAAGAACAUUGGGACUAUGUGGAACAUACAAUGGGAAUUUAAGAGAUGAUUUUCUUUCUCCAGCAGGUAUGAUAGAAGGGACACCACAACUUCAUGCCAAUGCAUGGAAGGUUUCCUCAGCUUGUUCUAUACCUAUCAAUAUUCCUGUAGUUGAUCCCUGCAACGUCAAUCAGCAAAAUGUUGGGUAUGCAUCUCACUGUGAUAUCAUCAAUCAAGAAGUUUUUGCUCCUUGCCAUGCCUACAUCAGUCCAGGAUUAUACUACCAGCUCUGCCGUUUUGAUGCGUGCAAAUGUGGAAGCAGCUGUUUGUGUAACGCUUUGGCACACUACGCUUAUGUUUGUGGCAAGCAUGGGGUCAUUGUUGACUUCAGAUCUCAUAUUUCUUACUGUGCUGUGAUGUGUCACAGUGGUAUGCUUUAUCAUCAGUGCUCUUCUUUUUGUAAACACUCCUGUGCUUCACUUUCUAUGGCAAAUAUCUGUGGUGAUGACUGUGCAGAAGGAUGUAAUUGUCCCGAUGGGAACUAUUUUGAAGAGUCGGUCAACUUUUGUGUAUCAAUAUCUGCUUGUCAUUGUCAUUACAAGGGCAAAGUCCUCCAGCCUGGAGAAAGCUUUCCUACACCAGUAGGCUCCUGUCAGUGCUUGAAUGGAACAGUGAAAUGUAUUGAAGCCUCUACAGAAAAUACAGUUCACAUAUGCCCUGAAGGAAAAAUCUACUAUGACUGCAGAUCUCCUGUGCCUGGAUUACCAGCAGCAGGUGUGAAUUGUGGGAUCUCCUGUGCAAACCUUGCCAUGAACUUCUCCUGCGUCCCUUCACCACCCUGUGCAAGUGGCUGCAUUUGUCCCCCUGGGAUGGCUGAGCAUAAAGGGAAAUGUUAUAUUCCUGACAGUUGUCCAUGCACCUGGAAAGACAGAGAAUUUCUGUCAGGAGAAGUGAUAGCUACACCAUGUUACACCUGCGUUUGUCGGAGAGGGAUAUUCAAUUGCACCAGCUACCCUUGUCCUGCUGUCUGCACUAUUUAUGGAGAUCGACAUUAUUAUACCUUUGAUGGAUUGGAAUAUGAUUAUGUCAGUGACUGCCAGGUGUACCUGCUAAAGAGCACAGAUAAUUCAAGUAUGUCUAUAAUUGCUCAGAACAAAAAGUGCUUUGACAAUGAUAUUGUUUGCUCGAAGAAUGUUUUCAUCACAGUUGGAGACACUGAGAUUUAUUUUAGUGAACCUUCUGAGAAGCAGAAGACCUUAACGGGACAGGAAAACAAAUCUAACUACCAGCUUUGGAAGGCUGGAUAUUAUACUGUGAUACGCUUUCCAGAACAGGACAUUACAAUUCUGUGGGAUAAGAAGACAAUGAUGCACGUUGAAGUUGGACCUCGAUGGAAGGGUAAACUGUCAGGUUUGUGUGGAAAUUUUGAUAAGUACACCUCAAACGAUCUGACUACAUCAAACAACAUGGAGGUGAGAAAUGCACAGGUGUUUGGAGACAGCUGGGUGUUAGGACAGUGCAAGAGCCCAAAUGAAACCCUAAGACCAUGUGAGGUACAUCAGAAAACCUUCCCUUAUGCCAAAAAGGAAUGCUCCAUUUUAUAUAGUGACGUUUUUGCACCUUGUCGCAAUGUGAUUGAUGUGACCUCUUUUGUCAAAAACUGUCACACAGACACGUGCAACUGCAAUCUGGGUGGGGACUGCGAGUGCUUAUGUACCAGUAUUGCAGCUUAUGCCCACAAGUGCUGCCAGCAAGGAGUAGUGAUUCACUGGCGAUCUCCUUCCCUCUGUGCUUAUGACUGUGAACAUUACAAUCGAGGUCUUGGUGAAGGACCCUAUAUUUUGGCAAAUUAUGGACAGAAUGACACAAUUAUAGGAGCCAAUGUUUCCAGCAGACAGAUAUUUCCCCUGCCUAGAACUGGAGCAUAUGGAAAUAUAUUUUUCAGUUUCAUGAUAACUCCAGGUCUUUUCAAAGAUAAAGAUUUAUCUCUCUCUCUUGUUUCCCUUGAAUCUGCUGAAAGACCAAACUACUUUCUCUAUGUACAUGACAAUGAAACCGUUGGGUUGAAACACUGGCAGGCAAGUGCCUCCUUUAGAAGAAGAGCCACCUUCUUCCAUCACCAGGGCCUCUGGAUUCCGGGGCUUAGUGCCUUUGAACUGCACAGUAAAAAAGGCUUCUUCAUCAUUCUCACCUCAUCUGCUGUUAAAGUGGCAAAGUACGAUGGCUCAGAAGAAUUCAAACAUUUAAGUAGCUUUAGUAUUGAAGAACUCAGUGCUUCUGUGCCAUAUAGAAGGAUGUGUGAAUGGCGAUAUGAAUCUUGUGCUAAUCCUUGUGUUAAAACAUGUAGUGACCCUGAAGGAACAGCAUGUAAAUUUCUUCCUCUGGUUGAAGGAUGCUUGCCAUACUGUCCCAAAAACAUGAUCCUUGAUGAGAUCACACUUAAAUGUGUUUAUCCAGAAGACUGCAUACCUGUGACACCUACAGAAUCAGCAAUUGGAAAAAAACCUUCACUGUUAAUCUCUCACAUGGGUGCUGCUAUGGACAAAUUUCCUCAGACACCUCCUUUAUUUGUCACUUUGGGGACGGAGUCAACUCAUACUGGUGGGACAGACAAAGUAACCAUGAAGGCAAACACAACGUUAAGGGGAAUGAAUGCAUCUGCACAGUCCCCUACAGACUUAUAUUCAUUGGAAGCAUCUAACGCAGCCACCUAUUCAACGUUUUCAUUACCAAGUACAGUGGAGCCUCCUGAUGCACUUCACAGCACAUCCAGCCCUACUGUCCUUUCCAAACUCAUCUCUUCAACAGAUCUUCCAGCUGCUCUUCAAGCCUCAGCAGUCACAUCACGUACUCUCAGUUCUACUGCAUCUAUAACUUUACCCAUUACAAUAGCAACUCCAACAGCCCUGCUCAGUGCAAGUCCUAGUCCAACACGUUCUGCAUUAUUAACACCCAUUUCUGUAGUGGUAGUUCCAUUUCCACUUGAAACAUCAACCACUCAGCUAGGAACUCUUUCUCCUACUUCAGCUUUAACAACUUUAACCUCCAAGCCAUCUUUUGUCACUUCUGAGCUGCCUGCAGGGAUUGGGAAGAGUAGGAAUCCUUCAGUAAGUCAUUCUAAGGGAGCAGCAGUAUUCUCUGAAGUGUCUUUGUCUUCUUUGCUGGCUGGCAGAGCAACUUUCACAAGACCUGUAUUUUUCCUAGGAAAACAGAGUUCUUCAGUAAGUUCUUCAGAAGAAGAUGGAACAGUAUCAGCCAUAUCAGCUGGACUCAUCACUCAAUCUACUACACCAAUGAUCAUGAACACAAGAGUGAAUGCUACAUCCUUAAAAGCACCUUAUAUUUUUGCCAAAAUACCACCUAGCUCUUCAGGAAGUUCAUUAAUUGCUUCUGACACUACUGUAGCCUCUAGGAUUACUACAGAAACCACUGAUUCUUCUGUUGCCGAUCUGGAGUUUUAUACAGCUGCAGCUUCAGUUCCUAACACCACAGAAACACCCACACAUGUGUCGCUCAAAUCUUUAUUUACAUCUGCAGUAACUCAAGCUUCACAGAGCACUAAAGAAACUCCGAAAAUUAUAAUCAUGAAAACAAGUGGUACUACGAGUCCAUUAUCACAGACAAAGAGUACCACAUUUACAGCUUCAGAAGUUAAACAUGCAACCUUAUUUGAAAGGACUGUGGAUAUUUUAGAAAGCACUCAGCCUUCACAUGAACAAAGAAACAUUACCAAGACCAAGUCAACCACAGUAAAAAAUCUCUCUCUUUCUGGAGUCCCGCAUGUAACAACAUCAGAUUGGUCCAAAGUCCCAGUGCAGAAAACAAUUAAACCUUAUUUCAAUUUAACAGAACCCACAGAGCUGCAGACCAGAAAUCUAACCAAUUUAUCCCAUUCUAGUGGUGGAAUGGCUCUGCCUUCCUCUUCAGAGCCUGUGGAAACACAAACUUCUCUAGCAAGUACAGAAACGAUGACAGCUAUGGCUGACAAGGCUUUCUUUGGUACAAUGACUUAUACACUGAUGUCUACAGCUUCCGAAUGUGUGCCAAAAUACCUUGAACCUGUUGACAAAUGUAGCCAGUAUGUAUGUGUUAAUACGGGUUGGAUGUUAUACAACCUUUCAAGGAACUGCCCUAAGGAUGUGCAGAAGCCAGAUUGUGGUUUUCGAGGAAUGCCAGUUCAAGUGAACACUGACAGUUGUUGCCCAGAAUGGGAAUGUCCCUGUCAAUGCUCGGUACUGUCUGAACUGAGUGUUAUUACAUUCGAUGGAAAUAACAUAGCCCUCUGUAAUAUGGCUUCCUACAUUUUAGUCAAGUUACCAGGAGAAAAUAUUGUUGCUCACAUUGAGAAAUGUCCUGCUAAUCAGAGUGCAAAUUCAAUAAGAAAACCAGUUCCCCCUGCAAGCACUUCAGGGCUCUGUUUUAAGAAAUUAAAUGUAACUACACACACAUAUAAAUUACUUAUCGAUCGUUUAGCAAGAAAAGUAAUAGUGGAUUCUGUAAUUCAAUCAUUACCAUUUUCUAAAGAAGGACUGAAUAUUCAGGAUACUGGUGCAAUGUAUGUCAUUAGUACUCCAGCUGGUAUUAGCAUCAAGUGGGCUCACGUUACAGGCAUCAUAGAUAUACAGUAUGGACCAUACUCUAACACAUCGAUGAAGACAGAAGGACUCUGUGGGGUGUGUAAUGGAGAUCCUACUGAUGACCUCAAAAUGCAAAACAGAACCAUAAUUAAAAAUUUGGAGGAAAUUGAAGUGUUCAUUAAGAGCUGGGAAAUUGAGAAAUCACUUGAUGUAACAACUAGGAGGCCUGUAAGGAACUGUACUGAAAAUAACUGCUCAUACUGUAUGGAACUAUUAAACAGAAGCACUUUCACCCCUUGUCACAAGAAAGUUUCACCACAGGAGUUUUGUGAGAAGAUGUGGAUAAACAGUACUUAUUUUUGGAAUUAUGAGUGUGAUGCACUUUCUGCAUAUGUGGCUUUAUGCAACAAGCACAACAUCUGCAUUAAAUGGAGGACACCUAAUUACUGUUCACUGAGUUGUCCUGAGGGCAAGGAAUACCAGCCUUGUGUGCAACCCUGUGAAGCCAAGACAUGCUUGAAUAAAUGGUUCUAUGAAGAUUCUCCCUGUUCUUAUUUAAGGGAAGACUGUGUUUGUAAAAACGGCACUAUUCUGCAUAGAACAGACACUGAUCUUUGUAUACCAGAAGAAAAAUGCACGUGUACAGAUAACAAAGGACAACCUCGCUCUGCUGGGGAGAUCUGGAAUGGAUCCACGAAAGGCUGCUGUAUGUACAACUGUUCAGAAAAUGGAAGCAUUGUCACUGUAGAACCUGAAUGCGAUGAGGAUCCACCAUUAAUCUGUGAAAGAGAAGGGGAAGUUAUUGUCCAUGUCAUUGAAGAGAGAGCUUGCUGUCCAAAGAAAGUUUGUGAAUGUAACAUGUCAUUGUGUGACACCAUUACUCCAAUAUGCAAAGCCAAUGAAAAAUUAGUGGUAGGCUACCACCCCCUGUCCUGCUGUCCACAGUACCGAUGUGAAUGUGACCCUUCAGUUUGUUUCAAUGCUACCGAGCUGGACUGCAGAGAAGAUCAAUUUAUUGUUGAAGCAAAACAAGAAGAUCCUUGUUGUUUCUCUUACCUCUGUGUUUGUGAAUCCUGUAUUGAGCCUGUUCCCUUGUGUAAUGAAGGGGAAAUUCUCACUGUAGACCUUAAUACUAUACAAUACUGUUGUCCUCAUUACUACUGCGUUUGUGAUGAAAAUCUUUGUUCUGAGCCUCCUAUGAACUGCACAGAUGACACAACACUUGUGAAGGAAAAAAUACCUGGGCAGUGUUGUCCAGAAUGGCACUGUGAAUGUAGCUGUGAAAACACUACUGUUCCCAUCUGUAAAUUGGGAGAAGUUAAAAAAAUAGACAGUAGCGUCUCCAGUGCUUGUGGCUGUACUCACUAUAUUUGUGAGAAGGAUGAGGUGUGCAUCUUCCAAGAGUUCACAGUACUGAAUCCUGGACAGUCAGUAAUUCAGUACUUGGAUGGAGACCUUUGUUACACUGUACAGUGUUUACAAGAAAAAGAUGAGAACACAGGAUAUAAUGCCAUGUACUUUACAAUGGUGAACUGUUCCCAGCAAUGUGAAGCUCAUCAAAUAUACAUUCCUCCUUCCAGUCACCAUACUUGUUGUGGGACCUGUCAAAAUGUGUCCUGCUCUUUUCAUACUGAGAAUGGAACACUAAUUGUGUAUGAGGAAGGAAGCACCUGGAGCUCCAACUGCACCAACUACAAGUGUGCAAAAAGUCCUGCAGGGGCUAUUAUAGUGGGAUCAAGUGUUUCCUGCCCCCCUUUUAAUGACACUGAGUGUACAAAGAAUGGAGGCAUUGUGCAGAUGUAUAACGAUGGCUGCUGCAAGACCUGUUCUGGAUUGGGUCUAUUACCCUUUGCCAUUAGUCCAGUAGUGCCUACCAAUAGUAUUAAUUGUGAACCAGGCAAAAAGGAAGAAAGGAUUUGCCAGAAAAUGACAAUCAGGACAACCAUAAGAAAAAAUGAUUGUAUAAGUCAAAGCCCGAUAAAUGUGGCUUCUUGUGAUGGAAAAUGCCCAUCUGCAACAAUUUUCAAUGUCAAUAUUGAUAGCCAUUUAAGAUUUUGUAAAUGUUGCCGAGAAAUCGGAACACGUAAUCUCACCAUACCACUGCGCUGCUCAGGAAAUGGCACUGAAAUUAUGUAUGUCUUUCAAGAGCCUGUAGACUGCUCAUGCCAAUGGAACUGAACAUUACUGUGGAUAUGAUUUAAUCUGAAGAAUUAAAAUUAGUUUUCUUUCACCCGACUCUGUUUUUUUACCUUGGACGGCUACAGUACUCUGCAGGGGGAAAAAAAUAAAAUAGCCUCAGUUAUGCUUUAUAAUGUAACUUUUGCAAAUUUAGUAAAGAUUAUGUCAUUUAUUGUUCUUCAGAAUUUCUUUUUAAAUAUUGGCAUGUUUAAAAAGUAAAAUAUAAACCCUUUUGAACAAGGUAUAAUUUAGCCUUCAUUUAUUUCUACUUACUGGUUUUCUGCUAAGCUGUUGAAAGCUGGUUAAUGUCUGUGUUUCCACUGUUAUAAAAUUUUGGAUUGUGGCUACCUAUCAAACUUCAGAAUUUCUCAGUGUUCCUCUUGCCUUUAUUUAAAAACUUCCAGUUAAGAACUAUCACUGCUCCCGUUUCAUCGGAAAGAAGCACAUUAGGGUUUUGAGAACAGAUGAAUUAAUUUAUUAAAAAAAAUAGUGGGUUCAAAUGAAACAUUUUUUAUCUUGCUGAAAAGUCUGUCUUUUGUCCAUUAAACUGUUGUCAAGGAAUGGACUCUGAUUACACUAUAAGUCAUUGAGAAACACCACAACUGAGGUCUGUAUGUACCUGUAGUAAAUCUCCAGAGCAUACAGUAGAAUCAUAAUAAUGUCUUUGAACUUUUGUCAUUUAUUUAUUUUUGAUCUAUGAUUCUAUGAUUUAUUUUAAAUAUAUAUUAUAAAUAUGAAGCAUGAUUAGGAAAAGGCUUAAGAGUUCAAGCUAUUUGUGCCUUUAUUAAAAAUACCUAGAGCUGUUUCUGAUAUGAAAGAUUCUAUUUUAUAUCCAUUUUUCAGUUUUCACAAAUAAGAAAAUGGUUGUUUUCUAGCUGUAGAGUAAGUCUCCAUAUUUAUUAAAAAAUCAAGAUACUGCAUAUUUUAACUAUUCAUAA